CAAAAUUAAAGCCAACUUCAUAUUUUCUUUCAAUAACCAUGAAAUCUCUUUCAAUUGCAUUUUCGGUUCUCGUGCUUCUCGUCCUUGUUACCUCAAACUCAGAGGCUGCGAUCUCGUGCAGCGAUGUGAUCAAGGACUUGAAACCUUGUGUGAGCUACUUGGUUAGUGGAAGUGGACAACCACCAAGUCAAUGUUGCACUGGAGCUAAAUCUCUUGCUUCUGCUGUAUCAACAUCAGAGGAUAAAACAGCUGCUUGUAACUGCAUCAAAUCUACUGCCAAGAGUUUCAAAAUCAACUCACAGUUGGCUAAGUCUCUCCCAGGAAACUGUGGAAUAAACAUUCCAAUCAGUAUCUCCCCUGAUGCAGAUUGUUCCAAGAUUGGUUAAUUGUGACUUGGAAGUGAGAAUUGGAGGGUGAUGCUGACAAUUUUCUGCUACUAUAUAUGCUUAUGGGAAUGUUACAUAUUCUGUUGUAAUAAAUAGGAAUCUACCUAUGUGGAUUUCUGUGUUAUAUGUUCAUCUAUGUUUUUCUAUUAGUUGUUUAAAUGCUGUUCCCAAUUUAACUUAAUUGCUGAGUCACUUAUGGCCUUGUUUGGAUUUCAUAAAUGUUUGUUAUUUUGCUAUAAUAUAGCUAUAUCUAUAUGAAGAAUAAUGUCAUUUACUUUUGUCACAAAAAUUUGUCACAAAAAUUUGUGUUU